GUCUUUCAAUACACAGCAGCUACUCUACUGCUCAGAAGGAGCUCUCUCAGGGACCAUUCUUUUUCACAGAGGGACCACAACUUUGUGGACGUUUUCCUGAGUUGUGUCCUUUCCUUCCAUCUGCGCUUUUCUCAAAUUCCUCCCAUGGAGCAGGCUACUGAUAGUCUUAUCACACCUCCUCUCUGACAGAACUUUGAUCUUUUGAGAAGGCCCCUCCCAGACUUUUCAAUCAGAGUUUAACUCCCCCUCUUGUUGUUGUCCUACCCAACCAAUCAGAUUUGGAGGCUUCUGAGCUGUAAACAGUCAGCGAGUCAAGCUACAUUCUGAGGAACCAUGAGCAGAGUCUGGGCCUUGUUCAAGGCUCAUCCGUACAUCAGCAACGUGGUUGGAUACACGACCCUGUUCACCUCCGCUGACCUCAUACAGCAGAGCAUGCUGGGAGGGACAUCGAAGAAAGGACACAAAAUGGCCUCGGAUGGAACCGAAGGAAAACUGUCUGUAGAUAGACCAGAGGGGACGCCAGGUGCAAUCCAAUCAAAACCCCCCGAGGUUUCAGCACAGCUCAGAGAGGCAGAACUUAGUUCAUCAUCUGCUUCCAAAACUGUCCCAGCGUUGGCUGGAAUUGACUGGUCCCAGACGGCUCGAGUGGCUGUCGUUGGCUUCUGUUUCCAUGCCAACUUCAACUACCAUUGGCUGAGGGGGCUGGAGAGGAUGGUACCAGGGGGAGGAGCUAAGAGGGUGUCUGGUAAAGUGAUACUGGAUCAAUUGAUUGCAGCUCCCGCGACCAUAAGUGCUUUUUUCAUAGGUCUUAGUGUUCUGGAACAGAAAGACGACCCAUUUGAAGACUGGAGGCAGAAGUUUUGGACUUCAUACAUGACUGGGGUUGUCUACUGGUCCGCGAUGCAGGCGGUGAACUUUUCCCUGGUUCCCCCGGUGGCCAGAACAGUGUUUGUGGGCGGCAUUACCCUGGUGUGGACGGUGUUCCUCUGCCACUUCAGACAACAGUGAUACAACGGGCCGGUUCUCAUCACAGUCAUAAAUUCCAUCAUUUCCCAUAUAAAGAAACAUGACUUA